AUGAAGAUUCUAACAGUACUAUGGACAGUGUGUCUAGUGAGACUCUGUCGUGGGAAAUUUAGUAAAGCAAAGGCUGAAGGUAUAAGGAAAGAGUCUCUAAAAGCGAUCCUAAAGAAACUACAAGAUGCCACUAAACAAGAACCUCUAACUUCUGUACCCAAUUUCAAAUCCAAAGUUGAAUCUACCCUAUUCAAUGUAGAAGAGGGCAAGGAAGAUGGUGUAAAAGUUCUCAAACUGACUGCAAAGAAUGGUACUAAGACUACUGAGCUAAAGUAUGAUGAGAAGCAAAUAUGGUCCGGUAAAGCGAGAUUGAGUAAAUCUUCAAACCUUGUGGAGGCUAUAAUAUAUUUUUAUAAGGAGAAUCCAGCAUUAGUUACUAUCCAGACCAUUAAAGGAAGUACUGAAUCCAUUGUUUAUAGAUACUAUGAUGGUAGUAAGUGGCAGAAUAGUAAUGAGAAGGACUAUAGAGAAUUUUUGGAUGUGCUAAAUGAAAUGAGUAAAUCUGAAUGA